UUAUUAUUAACAUAUUUUAUUACUACUAGAAGACAUCGAUUUUUGCACGAUUUACUUAUUUCCUUUCAGAUUUUAUCACUUAUGGAACAUUUCGAUCUCCUACCCUUUGGCCAUGAAAAAAUUGGAAGUCUUUCUGAAAGUGCAAAACGGCGGCUUAUUAUAUGCACUUAUUUACUCAGCGAUCCCCUUAUUUUAUUGUUUGACGAUCCGACCAAAGAUUUAGACGCAUUAUCAAAUUAUCAGUUGAUAUAUUCACUCAAUUGCUAUAUGAAACGAUGUCAUCGAAUAGCAUUAAUUUCCUUACGAUGUCCAAGAUCGGACAUUUAUCAAUUAAUGUCUCGUAUUACGAUUCUUUUCUAUGGCGAAGUUAUGUAUUCAGGCCAAACGAAAUAUAUGCUUUCUUAUUUUCGUCAAAUUGGUUUCCCUUGUCCGAGCAAUGAAAAUCCGGCCGUUUAUUAUUUAUCGCUUGCAACCAUCGAUCGAGAGACAUCUCAGCGAUAUCGAGAAAGCCAAGAUCAAGCAAUAAAAUUAGUAAAUCUAUUUAUGGUAAGUUCUGAGAGAGAUUUUCGAAACUGUCCAUGA